AUGAGGCUCAUGGAGGGUGCGCAGCCUGGAGACAGCCUGAUCCUCGCCUUUUGUGGCUUCGGCACGCAGCACCAGAAGGACGCGGAGGGCAAGGAGUGCGAGGCUUAUUUGGUGCCCUCGGACUACGCGGCGGACGUGCCCAAGGAGUGGUGGGCACAGGUGACGUCGAAGGAGCCGCAGCAGGGUGCAGCAGUGCGGGCCUCCGGGGCCUACCGGCUCAUCUCCAUGCUGGAGCUGAACCGCUACAUCACGCAGAUCCCCGCUGGUGCAACUCUCACCACGCUGCUGGACUGCUCCUACCCUUCCUUGCCGGGCGUGAGCCCCAGCUGCAACCCGCCCCCCACCUUCCCGAAGAUCACCCGCGGGCGUGUGGACUAUGAGAAGCUCUUCGACUUUGUGAGCCGGCCGAGGUUCUUGGAGCUGCCGCAGUUGCCGGUGCAGCACACGCCGCCGCAGAUCUGGCGGCCUCAGACCUUCCCCAGCUGCAAGCUGCACUGCUUCUGCGCCUGCAGGCUGCAGGAGUGGGAUGCGGAGCUGCCCCUCGAGGGGACGGUGCAGGGCACCUUUACCUGGGCCUUUGCCAAGGCCGGCCCGACGGUGGGACGGGGUCAGCUGAUCGCCGGGUGUUUCGCUCAUGGAUUCGCCCACUUGGAUGGAGAAGCCGGUGCCCAUGAGCCGAUGGUCUGGCAUCUUGGCACCGGCUGCAGCUGA